AGAGACACACACUGAGAUAAUUUUCACUUGCAGUCUCGGUGGUACACCGUUCACGCACCGUGUACAAAAGAAAACUCUCCUUCCCUUAAAAAAACAAACAAACCAAUCUGUUUCUUUUUUUUUUUUUGUGAUGGAGUUAUCCACUUCCCCUCCGGGUGACAUAUACAUGUCGUUAUCUCCCUUCAACGCAACCCUCCCCGACACGUUAUUACUCGGACUCCCGAGAGGCGUCGGGACCAACUGGACCAACGGGACCAAUGGGAACAACGCUACCAUCGUGUCCGUGGGUCGCGACACGGCAAGGGUCGUCAUCGCCGUGUGCAUCACCGCCCUCUACUCGCUCAUCAGCGUGGUGGGACUGCUGGGCAACGUCCUCGUCAUGUACGGCGUGGUCAGGUACACCAAGAUGAAGACGGCCACCAACAUCUACAUCUUCAAUUUGGCCCUGGCGGACGCCCUCGCCACCAGCACCCUGCCCUUCCAGAGCGCCAAUUACCUCAUGAGCACGUGGCCAUUUGGACAGCUGCUGUGCAAACUGGUCAUCGCCAUCGACUACUACAACAUGUUCACCAGCAUCUUCACGCUCACCAUGAUGAGCGUGGACCGUUACGUGGCCGUGUGUCAUCCUGUCAAGGCCCUGGACUUCCGCACACCGGCCAAAGCCAAGAUCAUCAACAUCUGCAUCUGGAUCCUCUCAUCAGUUAUUGCAGUACCUGUCAUGAUCAUGGCCGUUACCAGGGUGACAGACAAAGGCAGCGUCGAUUGCAGAAUCAUAUUUCCCAAACCAGAAUGGUACUGGGACACGGUGACAAAAAUCUGCGUCUUCAUCUUCGCCUUCCUGGUGCCUGUGCUUGUCAUCACCGUCUGCUACGGUCUGAUGAUCCUGCGGCUAAAGAGCGUCCGUCUCCUCUCCGGAUCCAAAGAGAAGGACAGAAACCUGAGGCGAAUCACCCGCAUGGUCCUGGUGGUGGUUGCGGCCUUCAUCAUUUGCUGGACUCCCAUACACAUCUUCAUCAUUGUCAAGACAAUGGUGAAAAUCGACCACAAGAACCUACUGGUGAUGGCGAGCUGGCAUCUGUGCAUCGCCCUGGGCUACACCAACAGCAGCCUCAACCCGGUCCUUUACGCCUUCCUGGAUGAGAACUUCAAGAGGUGCUUCCGAGAUUUCUGCUUGCCCUAUCGCACACGUACGGAGCAGCACAGCUUCUCCCAAGGCCGCAACAGCACCAGGGAGCCCGUGUCCAUUUGCGCCCCCGCCUCCCGAGGCCGACAGCCCGCGUGACUAGGCAUGGACCGUAGAGGGAUCCAGGAUGAGCUCCAGACCGAAGUCACACAGGUCGCCACCACAGGAGUGUGAAUGUUGGCAUUUUUUUCCCACCGCUGGCAGUUUUAUCUCAAACUCAAGCCCAAGGCUUUGCGCGACGGUUCCCUCGUGAAGAGACUCAAUGCUUGUCUUUCAGGACGCUGAAAAAAUGCCAAGGUGUGCCUGUCGAUUCCAAACUGGUGGAUACAAAUGUACAUACAGACGAGCGACAAAUUAAAAGGGGCGGGGGGGGCGGGUCCACUUUCAUCAGGCCUUUAAAAAUCAUUCAGCACCAGCCAAUUCUAGACCAAGUCUGAAAAGACGUUUAAAAACGUCUUUGGGAGUGAAUGAGUUAAGAAUGCCAAAAACCUGAACACAGAAAUAAAAAAAAAAAAAAAAAAUAUGUAUCGACCAAAAAAAAAGAUACAAUUUAAUUCUAGUCCAAAUCUAUCUUCAUGAGAGGAAACCAAGUGUGUCUUCUCAGUCAGUAAAAGUUAAAAACAACACACACACACGAAAUGAUCCAUCGCCUCAAUGGCAUCACUGGCAGCAGUAAAAUGCUUACUUUUUGCUUCACAGAUGGGAACUAAGUUAGUGCCGAAGUGAUACAAAAUGCUUACAACUUUAUCUCAUCGCUUCGACUCAAGCAAAUUUACUUUCAUUAAAAAAAAAAAAGCAGAAGUUUUGACACAGAUAGUCGAGGCAUUCGACCUGAAGAGCUCUGACAUGUCCAAUGAAAAUAGAUCAGACUACAAAAAAAUCGUGUAGUUGAUUAUAAAAGUAAGCAUCUGGAAAAAAAAAAGCUUUUGUCUGGAUUGUUACUGGUUGCUAGGCAGUAGGUGAAACAAUAUUUAUGUCAUCCAUUCAUUUAUUUUUCUACAGCGCUUGUCCUCAUUAAGCUCGUGGGUGAGCUGUUCAAUUGCAGUUAUUUGCGCCAUUUAGACCAAUUUUAAAAAACAACAACCAAAAAAAAAAAACGUUCUCUCCGGAACAAGCUUUUUCUUUUUUUUCUUUUCAAUCACAGCCCCAUCUGCUUGUUAAUGUCUGGACCCAUCCCCAAUGCAAAUUCACGGCAGGUGCUCAAUUGGGUCUAAAUGUGGCCACCACGACAGCAUUAGAACAGCAAUUUUUUUUCACUUGCUCGCCGAGUCUCCCUGUUGUUUUUAUUUUUCACCGAGCUGUACAAUGUUCUUAAGACACAUUCAAAAUGCACCCCCCCUACACUCUACUAGCAGUGCUUGUACAGCAAAGGGUUUUUGAUACUUUUUCAGAUUUGUCUCCGCUUCGGCACAGUAUUGAGUGCUACAUUGUUGAGUGUCAGCUUUAAGAGUGCUUGGAGACGUCUGUGCCAUAUUGGGAGGGAAGCAUAGCUUAGUGUAAACACUCUGCUGCGGUGAUGAGCCUGUUUUGCAGUACAGCACACUGAUCCAAACGGCGCAGAGCUCUCUGCUUGUCCAAUUUAGUCACCGACAACUUGUUAAAUGUUUCAACGAUGGAGACCAGAGGUGAAAACGACAGUGCGGCCUUGACAAAUCAUCGCCGGAUAAUUUAGAGGUUUUAUGACACUGCGUUUAAAACCCCCUUCUGCUCAGUGCAUACGAAUGUGUAAAUAUCUGAGAUGACAGCUCCCUUCACCACCAGAGACGCUGCAACUGAGCAGACAAUUGCACGUAAUUGUUCCAGAGCCGAAAAGGGGCCUGAGUCACAUCCAUACGAGUGACGAAACAACGCACUGCAA